AUGCGUGCAGUCGAUAACUCCAAUAGCUGUGGGAAAACGGAACCUGGUCAACCAUUUCUCUUUGGCCUGCAUAAUUUGAUUUUCUGUAUUUGGGAACCUGAUAAAUUCUCCGGCUUGUUGUACAAUUCGCUCUAUCAUGUCAUGAAAUAUUCUGGACACUGUGGGCUGCGAACAUCCCAAUUCCUCAGCUAUCCCGCUCUGAAAUCCAGAAAUAUUUUCAUUUUCUGCACAGGUGACUGGGCUGCUCCACGAGUUUCGAAAUCCAUGCCAAGAAAAGGUGCAAUAACUUCCGCAGCACUCAUAACAGUGCCUGUAACGGUAACGAUUAUGUCUAGACUCACAUACUUGUAUCGCUCCUUGGAGAAUGUCUACGUGAUAUCCUUUGCUUGGAAUACGAAACAUAAAAGUCCUCCAUGCAGAAAAGUACCGGGCAUUAUUGCUAUAGCUAAGGACCGUCAUAUUUUCUUACAAACCAGCAGUACAUUACUAGAAAGCCUUGUAAAAACUGGUAUCCUCCGUCCGAAAUAG